AUGGAUUUCGUUAAAGAAUUAAAAAGUAGUCAAGAUUACAUGAACAACGAAUUAACCUAUGGAGCUCACAACUAUGACCCAAUUCCAGUUGUUUUAAAGAGAGGUAAAGGUGUUUUCGUUUACGAUAUUGAAGAUAGGAGAUAUUACGACUUUUUAUCUGCUUACUCAUCAGUUAACCAAGGACACUGCCACCCAGAUAUAUUAAAUGCUAUGAUCAACCAAGCAAAAAAAUUAACCAUUUGCAGUAGAGCAUUUUUCAGUGACUCAUUAGGAGUAUGUGAAAGAUACCUUACUAAUUUAUUUGGUUAUGACAAAGUAUUAAUGAUGAACACUGGUGCUGAAGCUAGUGAAACCGCUUACAAAUUAUGUAGAAAAUGGGGUUAUGAAGUAAAAAAAAUCCCAGAAAACUCAGCAAAAAUUAUUGUUUGUAACAAUAACUUCUCUGGAAGAACCUUAGGUUGUGUAUCAGCUUCCACUGAUAAGAAAUGCAAAAACAACUUUGGUCCAUUCGUACCAAACUUCCUUAAAGUUCCAUAUGAUGAUUUAGAAGCUUUAGAAAAAGAAUUACAAGACCCAAAUGUCUGUGCCUUUAUUGUUGAACCAGUACAAGGAGAAGCUGGUGUUAUAGUACCAUCAGAUAGUUAUUUCCCAGGUGUAGCUUCCUUAUGUAAGAAAUACAAUGUAUUAUUCGUAGCAGAUGAAGUACAAACAGGUUUAGGAAGAACCGGAAAAUUAUUAUGUACUCACCACUAUGGAGUAAAACCAGAUGUCAUCCUUUUAGGAAAGGCUCUUUCUGGAGGUCACUACCCAAUAUCAGCUAUAUUAGCAAAUGAUGAUGUUAUGCUUGUAUUGAAACCAGGAGAACACGGUUCAACCUAUGGUGGUAACCCAUUAGCUGCUGCUAUUUGCGUAGAAGCUUUAAAAGUUUUGAUAAACGAAAAAUUAUGUGAAAAUGCUGAUAAAUUAGGUGCUCCAUUCUUACAAAAUCUUAAAGAACAAUUAAAAGACAGCAAAGUUGUUCGUGAAGUAAGAGGAAAAGGUUUAUUAUGUGCCAUUGAAUUUAAAAACGACCUUGUCAACGUAUGGGAUAUCUGCUUGAAAUUUAAAGAAAACGGACUUAUCACCAGAUCUGUUCAUGACAAAACAGUUCGUUUAACACCACCAUUAUGUAUAACCAAAGAACAAUUAGAUGAAUGUACUGAAAUUAUUGUAAAAACUGUUAAAUUUUUUGAUGACAAUUUAUAA